CAGAGCUUGUCGCUGGGGCUGGACCGGGACAGGAGGGCGAACGGACGGCUCUUCUGCGGGAAGUAAACGCGCAUCCAGGGCUUUACUUGCCGUUUUUCUCUUCCCAUAUCCCCCCUUUUUCUUUCUCGGCUUCCCCUCCUGCUGAGAUGAGGAGAUAGUCAACAGAGGAUCAGCUGCUCACCGCGUUUUCAAGUUGUUGGAAGAGUUCGGACAGGAGAAGAGGAAGAUGCUGGGGUUAGAGGUCUUCGUGAUCUGUCUUCUUUUUGGAGCCCUGACUCACGGCCAGACAACAGAGUGCUCGAAGAAGAAUGAAUGUCCCAUAGACCUGUACUUCACCAUCGACACAUCCGAGACCAUCGCCCUGCAGGAGCCUCCACCUGGAUCACUGGUGGAGAGCAUCAAGAAAUUCACUACGCAGUUUGUCAACGAAUUACGAGAUGAAGAAAUCAGAGGUGCUGUGCGGAUCAACUGGAACAUCGGUGGGCUGCACUUCUCCCAGGAACAGAGGGUGUUCAGUGCCAUCGCACCCAGGGCUGAUUUCAUUGCUCGUGUCAAUGGAAUCCGUUACCUGGGUAAGGGCACCUACAUCGACUGCGCCCUCACCAACAUGACCCACGAAAUGCUGCGCACAGCCUCAAACCCCAAGGCUCUCCGAUUUGCUGUGGUCAUCACUGACGGCCACGUGACUGGAAACCCGUGCGGGGGCAUCAAAGUGGCGGCAGAAAGGGCUCGCGACGAGGGCAUCCGGAUGUUUGUGGUGGCCGCAUCGAAAAACGUUGAAGAGACAGGGCUGAGGGAGAUCGCCAACUCUCCAGCGACGGUCUACAGGCGGGACUUCAUGGCUGUGGACCUGAGCCAGGGCAGAGCCAUCAUACACGAUGAGACCAUUAAACGCAUCAUCUCGACGAUGAAACAUUUGGCGUACACAGAGUGUUACAGCGUUUCCUGUCUGGAGACACCAGGGCCUCCCGGUCCUAAAGGCCACAGAGGACAAAAAGGAGCUAAAGGAGACAACGGUGAUCCAGGUCUCAAAGGAGAAAGAGGUCGCCCAGGAGACCCUGGUAUUGAGGGUCCCAUCGGUCAGCCCGGUAUCAAAGGAGAACCAGGUCUUAAAGGCGAGAAGGGAGAGCUUGGAGCUCAGGGAAAAAAGGGAGUGGCUGGCAUCCCAGGACGCAAUGGAACAGAUGGACAGAAGGGUAAAAUUGGACGGAUCGGCACUCCCGGCUGCAAAGGAGACCCAGGCGACAGAGGUCCUGAUGGUCACACCGGAGAUGUCGGUGAACGCGGUCCUCCUGGAACUGAUGGAGAGAAGGGGGAUGCCGGCCGCCCUGGAAGAGCUGGUCCCUCUGGCCCAUCUGGAGAUUCUGGACCCAAGGGAGAGAGAGGAAGUCCUGGAUCACCUGGCAUCCCAGGACAGAAAGGAACCCCGGGAACCCCUGGAUCUCCAGGAGGCAGAGGAGAGCCGGGGAGAAGAGGAGACUAUGGGCAGAAGGGUACUCAAGGGCCGGAUGGACCUAAAGGAGAGAAGGGUGAAAUGGGAUCAGAGGGCUUGAGAGGACUUGCAGGAGAAUCAGGAAACAAAGGAACAAAAGGAGACAAUGGCCUGCCAGGUCCCAGGGGACCUCCAGGGGCAUCAGGAGAGCCUGGGAAAAAUGGAACCAGAGGUGACCCCGGUGAUGCUGGACCAAGAGGAGAAUCUGGACCGCUUGGACCAAAGGGAGACCCCGGAAGACCUGGCUUCAGCUAUCCUGGGCCAAGAGGAUCAUCGGGUGAGAGAGGAGAUAAGGGCAACCGUGGACCUCGUGGCAGCAGGGGAGACUGCGGUCAGAAGGGUGCUCCUGGAGAUAAAGGAACUCCAGGAGAUCCAGGCGAGCCAGGACCUCAGGGUGAACCUGGCCUAAGAGGGCCAAGAGGAGAGGGUGGGCGUGAUGGAGAUCCUGGACCUGAGGGAGACCCUGGCCUGACUGAAUGUGAUGUCAUGAACUACAUCAGGGAAACGUGUGGCUGCUGUGACUGUGAGAAGCGCUGUGGACCCCUGGACAUUGUGUUUGUGAUUGACAGCUCAGAGUCUGUGGGUCUGACUAACUUCACCCUGGAGAAGAAUUUUGUCAUCAAUACCAUCAACAGACUGGGAUCCCUUGCCAAAGACCCUCAGGCAGUUACAGGCACAAGAGUGGGAGUUGUUCAGUACAGUCACAGUGGAACGUUCCAGGCCAUCCGACUUGAUGACCCCAAGAUUGAUUCGCUGUCUGCUUUCAAGGAUGCAGUGAAGCGAUUGGAGUGGAUCGCUGGCGGAACAUGGACUCCCUCUGCUCUGAAGUAUGCCUAUGACAACCUGAUUAAGGACAGCCGCAGAGCCAAAGCCAACGUCACUGUAGUUGUCAUCACUGAUGGACGCUUCGACCCCAGAGAUGACGACUCGCUGCUCACCUACCUCUGCACUGAUCCCAGUGUUGACGUGAGCGCCAUCGGUAUCGGAGACAUGUUCGACCAGAUCGAGGAGAACGAGAGUCUGAAGAGCAUCGCCUGCCAGAGGGACGGCAGGGUGCUGGGCAUGAGGCGCUUUGCAGACCUGGUGGCUGAGGAGUUCAUCGACAAGAUUGAGACCGUGCUCUGCCCAGAUCCAGUCAUCAUAUGCCCAGAAUUACCUUGUAAAUCAGAGCCUGCCGUGGCUAGCUGUGUUCAACGGCCAGUGGAUGUGGUGUUCAUGUUGGAUGGUUCCGAGAGGAUGGGCCUGGAGAACCACCGCAGAGCCAAAGAGUUCAUCGAGAACAUAGCUCGCCGCCUCACCCUGGCCAGCGGCCAGGCAGACGAAAGGAAUGCCCGCUUUGCUCUGUUGCAGUAUGGCAGCCCUACAGAACAGAGGGUGGCGUUCCCACUUACACACAAUUUAACAGUGAUCUCUGAUUCGCUGGCGGCGGUGAACUACAUGGACUCCUCCUCUGCUCUGGGAAGCGCCAUCAUCUACGCUGUCAACAAUGUGGUGACAUCAGGGGGAAGCCGCUUGGCCCGUCGCAACGCUGAGCUGGCCUUUGUGUUCAUCACUGACGGCAUCACAUCCAGCGAGCAGCUGGAUGAAGGCGUCAGCGCCAUGAGGCGAGCAGAAGGCGUUCCCACGGUGAUCGCCAUAGGAACAGACACGGAUGAGGAGGUGCUGCGUAAGGUGGCGCUGGGGGACAUGUCGGCCAUCUUUAGAGGAGCUGACUACUCCAUGCUGAAUAAGGCCGCAUUCUUCGAGCGCUUUGUCCGCUGGAUAUGCUAGUGAGGAACUCUGUACACCAUAGAAUUAGAAUCCACAAAAUGCAGGAAGGGCCAGCUCCUCCACUGUACACGUAAACGCACACAGACGCAUCAACAAGCCUCUGUGAUCAUUAUCAUUACUGGAUGUAAGGCACUGACACGGCUACCAAUCCAGUUGUUGUAGGUGAAGAUUUAUUUACGAAAGCAAAAAAAAAAACAAUCCAUGUAGGCCCAACUGACACACACAUAGGAACACAUAGGAAUGCUAUAUGAUUUGUAACUUGGUCGUUCUAGUCAUUCUAAAUCUAUGGUCGGCGCUUCCAACCAAAGACACUCAGUAGUAUCCCAGAGGUGAGGUGUAUGAUUAUUGAAUGUGUAUGGAAAAAAAAUUGUAGGCUUUAUUUUGUGUUUAUUUGUACUGAUUCUCAGUUUGCAGAAAAAAAAGUUCUCUCUCUCUCUCUCUCUCUCUCUCUCUCUCUCUCUCUCUCUCUCUCUCUCUCUCUCGCUCGCUCUCUCUUCACAAAGUCAGUAUUUACAUUAAAGGUGCUAAAGUAGAAAUAAAGAACAAAGCCAUCUGAGUGGUUCUGAAGACUUUUCUUACAUCAUGUUAUGCUGUAAUUAUUGUAGUUUGUUCAGGGGAUGAAAAACAUGUAGACAUAUCUUAUCCAGGGAGAACAAGAAAAAAUCACACAUAGAUGCCCCACACACAGCCACACUCGAGUCUGACACGCAUGAGCACAGGCAAACGCCAUCGUUUUACACACUGACAGGCAAACAUGGAAAGAGACCAAUCUGUAAACAUGAAGUCCAAAUAAAACCUGAUGUGGUGACCCCAA